AAACUUGACCGCGUCGUGUUUAAUCAUACUGUUCGCACAAUUUCCAAAAUGCUACGAACUGCAGUCGUUCUCUUCUGUUUUCUACUGGCCUCAAAUAGUAUGAUCUCCGAAUGUAAGGUUGAAGAUCUAGUUACCCAGUGCGGUGCAUUUUGCUUUCGAUCUCUAUGGCCUGUCCUGGAUCACAUUUCCUCACAUCAUGGACCAGGGUCCAACGGCAGCGAUUUGAAUCAAGAAGAAUUACGACAAAGGUUGGACACUGUUGAAAAACAACUGGCUGCCCAGCAACAGACUAUAUCUAACUUGAUGUUAGCACCGGCUAAAAAAGCGAAAGAAAUCCCAAAGAUCUUUCAGAAGAUCGGUACAGGCUUUUAUUAUAUUGAACAAAUUAAAAAAAUGAAUUGGUUUGCCGCUGGAGAAUACUGUCGUCGAAUAGGAGGACACCUAGCGAGCAUCCAAAAUGAUGACGAGCUGAACGCCAUCACGGACAAACUCCCAUCUUCAGCUGACUUCUGGAUAGACAUCAACGAUCUGGCUGAUACAAACACUUACGUGUCCUCCACUUCUGGAAAUAAAGCAAACUAUAUAAACUGGGGUGUGGAUCAGCCAACUAAUGACGACGAACACUGUGUUCUUAUUAAUGAAUUAAUGUUUGAUAGGGGCUGUUUUCAUUUCCAGCAUUUUAUUUGUCAAGCCGGCGAUGAUAAUGAGUAAAAACAAACAAUAAAAUAUAUUAUUAUUAAUCUAAAAA